AUGUCACCGAAACAUCACGAACGCCAGUGUCAACGACAACCGUCCCGGUGGUCACACCUUGGCUUGCUGGCGCUGGCCGCCGCUGCCUCGUCCCGUCGAGUUGAUCAAUUGCCUUCCCUGAGCAUCACAAAAGCACCCGCAAAGGUUCCUCCCGCCUUGCUAGCUCGCCGCGCGGGCGGCCCCUACGCUGCCACACUCAUUAACGAGCAGACGGCCUACUUCACGAAGGUGCGAAUCGGCACACCGCAGCAAGAAGUCACGCUUCAUGUCGACACUGGUAGCAGCGACCUGUGGGUUUUGUGGACGCAAACAGAUUUGUGCCUUGAUGAGCAGCUGCAAGCAGAGUGGGGAAUGUGCCUCGACACGUUUGAGCCGGAGCUCAGUAGGACGUACAAAACCGUGGAUAGGGGAGGGUUUUCCAUCCAGUAUGUGGAUGGGACGGGCGCUGCAGGAGACUACUUCUCUGAUAACGUUGCCCUCGGCAAUGGCAUCCAGAUUCAAGGCCUGCAAAUGGGCAUCGCGAUCGAGAGCACCUGCAACUGGGGCAUACUCGGCAUCGGCUACUCGACCUCCGUCGCGGCCGACUACAUCUACCCAAACAUAAUCGAGCUGAUGCAGAACCAGAGCUACAUCGCGACGAAAGCCUACAGCCUCUAUCUCAACGACUACAGCGCCGCCACAGGGACCAUCCUCUUUGGCGGCAUCGACACAACCAAGUUCUACGGCGACUUGAAAGUUGUUCCCGUCCUAGGGCGUCGCGUUGACGACGGCUUCAUUUACGACCACUUCGUUGUUUCCCUCACUAGCGUCACCUCCCACGCCGACGGUCAAGAAACAGUUCGGCUCACCUCCUCCGACGCCAACAUUCCCGUCGUCCUCGACUCCGGCACAUCCUUCGCUUAUUUCCCCUCGACCAUCACCAAGCCUCUGUACGACUCCCUUGGCGCAUACGAUGACACAACCUCCGAGUUCGGCUCCGGCGAGGUUUACGUCGACUGCAAGUACCGCAGCCAAUCCGAUCGCUACCUCUCCUUUCAGUUCAACGGCGCAGACGGGCCUGUCAUCAGCGUCCCCGCGUCAGAGUACAUCCUCGAUGAUCUGAAGCCAUACAUUCGCGCCGGGUUGUGGCCGCUUCCUGCGAACCUGCCGUUCUCGGAUGUCUGUCGCAUGGCUAUUCGCACGCAGAACCAGUCACCACCAUAUAUUGUCGGGGACUCGUUUCUCAGGAGUGCAUAUGUUGUGUAUGAUUUGGAGUAUAAUCGUGUUGGGCUGGCGCAGGCGAAUACGAAUGCCAAUGGGUCAAAUAUUGUUGAGAUUACAGGGCCAAUCCAGUCGGUGAAGGGAGUACCCAUGCCUGAUGCGCUGCCGUGGAUGACGAAUGGUGCUUCUCAUGAGGUCACGCUAACGGCUGGGGCUGUUGCAUGUGUUGCUGGAUUGGUGAUGGGUUUUCUGAGUCUGGCAUGA